ACCACCAGACGAGCGCACAUCGCACACUUCAAACCAAUACAAACAAUCCACACUAAAAACAUAAAAGUUAUUAAUACAACAAAGUGAAUCAUAAAAAAAACAUAUUAAAUCGAAUUCGUUAUUAAAUCAAUAAACGAACUCUUCUUCCGCGCGGAAGUGAAUUUUAAUUGAUGUUAACGACAUGUGUAUGCAGAAAGUGAAUGUCAAAGUGUUUGCCUACCUUAAAUUAUUAACGUUUGUGAGUUUAUUUAGUUAUUUAAACUUUACCGAUGGAGGAUUUGCGUGUUUGAGUAAUCCUUGCGUCCAUGGUGUGUGUUUGGAUGAUUUAAACACCACUUAUUCUUGUUAUUGCAUUGAUGGUUACACAGGCAUACAAUGCCAGACGAAUUGGGACGAGUGCUGGUCGAAUCCAUGUCAAAAUGGCGGCCUGUGUCAAGAUGGCAUCGCUGCUUUUAACUGCACAUGUCCUUCGGGCUUUGCCGGUGAUUUAUGCGAGGAGAAUCUCAAUGAAUGUCUGAGCAAUCCAUGUCAUAAUAAUGCCACAUGUUUGGACGCAGCAAAUGGAUACACAUGUAAUUGCCUGCCGGGAUAUUCAGGCGCACAUUGCGAAUUGGAUGUCGCAGUGUGUAAUCUUACCAAUGAGGCACGCUGUAAUAAUGGCGGUGUGUGUCUUGAAGGUCCCGGAUUUACUUUUCAUUGUAAAUGUCUCGAUGGAUGGACUGGACUGCUGUGUGAGUUGGAGAUUGAUGAAUGCAUGUCGCAUCCGUGUCAAAAUGGCGCCGUUUGUGUUGACUUACAUGCAGAUUACGAAUGCGCAUGUACGUUUGGUUUCGCUGGGAGGAAUUGUGAGGAAGCUGUGUUGAUUUGCGAAGAUAAUCCGUGCAGAAAUGACGCGUUGUGUUUAAUGGAGGAUGAUAAACCUGUGUGUUAUUGUGUACCGGAUUAUCAUGGCGAGAGAUGUCAAUGGCAGUACGAUGAGUGUAAACUUAGUAACAACAGGUGUCUUAAUGGUGGAAGUUGUAUAGAUGGCGUUGAUGGUUUCACAUGUUCAUGUCCUCCGCAUUUAACAGGAUUCUACUGUGAAUGUUUGAUUGUGGAGUUGCGAGGUGGGACUUACUUGGAUUGCAGUUUAAUAACGCCGACAAUGACGACUGCGAAUAUGACGCGUACUACGGAUAUGAUUACUUUCACAGACACCACGUUAAUGACUACCAUUGGAGUAAUCACCAAUGCGCCUACAAGUACUACAGAAAUUACUGAGACAACUAUUUUUACAACGCCAACAACAACUGUGCCAAAUUCGAAAUUUACAACAACUUCCGAAGCGAUUACUUCAACCACAGAAACUAUGGAAACUUCAACGGAAUCCUCUACGCUACCAAGCACAAUUAGUUCAAGUUCUACGUCUACGUCUACUUCAAGUUCUAUGUCUACAACAACAGAAACGUUAACAACGUUUACGACAUCCCCGGAAACAGAAAGCACAACUAUAACUAUAACUACAACUGAACAAUCUACCACAACAACACCUGUUGAGAUUUUAACUACAGAAACAAGCGUUGAUACUACUACAAUAACAUCUACAUUUUCUACGACUGAAGAUAUAACAAUUACCACAAAUUAUACAACUUCUACUUAUCCAACAACACAAUUUAUCAACGACACAACAUUAACUAUUACUGAUUUUUGGAAUAUCACAGAUACAGAAACUCAAACAGAAACAAUAACAACUACAGAAUUUCCUCAGAAUUCUAGUUCUGAAUCAACUGGACCUAACCUGGUCACAAUACCAAUUACAAUUACUACAGAAAGUGAUAAUUCCAGUACUAGUUCCACUACCACUUCAGUUCCAGUUACAGAAACUGAAACAACUACUCCCUUAACAAUUCUAAGUACUAGUUCAACUACAGAAUUAACUACAACUUCCUUAACACCAAGUUCUUCAUUGUCCACAACGUCUACAACCGAUCAAACAACAUCUGAAAGUGAUACAACUACCGUUACACUUUCUACAACUGAAUUAACAACAGAAACAACCAAAGAUUUAACUGGUUUUCCGCAUGUUACUGACUUCAUAAGCACAAUAUCCACCACAACAACAACAACACCGAAUGAUAUUACUACAAUAACAACUUUAGAAACAACUCUAGAAACAACUACAGAAUUAUCGACCAAUACAGAAACAACAACUGAUUAUUCAACAACUACAACAAGUAGCACUCAAUUUGAUUGCUCAAAAUUGAAUCAAUCAUGUUUAAAUGGCGGCACGUGUAUUUACGCGGAUGGUUUCCGCUGCGCAUGCGUGUAUGACUACUCUGGAGAACGAUGUGAAUUUGCUUUGGGCGUAACAAACGCUGCGUUCAACGGAAACUCGUAUAUUUUACACAAAAUGUCCGCUGGGUCCCAAAUGGAGGUGGCAUUCACCGCGCGGACAUCUUGGGAAUCCGGCGUUUUAUUCUACGCAAAUAUUCAGGACACUUACAUGGCACUGUACAUGGAGCAAGCACAUUUAAAGUUUAAAUUUUCAUGCGGCUAUCAAACAAUGCUCCUCAGCGAAUUGAAUAAACCAGUCAACAAUGGAAAUGAAAUGCGGAUAAGUGCACUGUUAACUUUUUCGGACGAUCAUCAACACUGCAAUGCUUCUAUUAAAUUAAAUGAUACUUUGACAAUGUCCGGAGCACAAAUUGCAAACUUUAAUGACUUUUUAAAAUUCAAAAUGGCGUCGCAUUUGUAUCUCGGUGGUUUGAGCGAAAAAACUAACUCCAUGCUUAAAUUAACCGGUUUUAUCGGUUGCAUGUCGGAUUUAUUAAUUUCGGGGAAAGCUGUGAGGAUUUUCAAGGACGCAGUGGAUGCGUAUGGAGUUUCCGAGUGUUCUUCAUUAGCAUGCCUAUCAAAUCCAUGCAAAAAUGGCGCUAGUUGUACAGCGCUACCCGGAAACACUUUAAACAACUAUUUCUGCAAGUGUACCAACGGAUAUGUCGGCAAACAAUGUGAAACAUCCGUGUGUGACAACAACCCGUGUAAAUUUGGUGGUACCUGCCUACCAUUCACUGGUAGUGGAUAUUUAUGUUUAUGUCCGUAUGGUAAACACGGACAUUUUUGUGAAAACGAUUUGAAAAUCUCCAAGGCAUAUUACUCGUCAUCAGUGCAAGGAUAUGCCUCAUACACAACCCACACUAUCCCAAAAGCAUCUUAUAAAUACAUGUACAUCAAGUUUAAGAUCACUCCAAGUAACCUCAAUCAGAUCUCAUUGCUAAUGUUCAUGGGACAAGAAGGACAACAUGAUUUUCAUUCAAGUCACAUGUCUGUAUCAUUCGUGAAAGGAUUUAUUAUGCUCACAUGGAAUUUGGGAGCAGGACCAAGACGUAUUUUCACAGAGAAACCCAUACCUGCAGACAAAGCAAGUUAUGAGAUACAAGUUGGAAGGUUAGGAAGACGCGCUUGGUUACACGUUGAGAAUAUCGGUAAUGUCACGGGGAGAUCACAGGGAAGUUUAACGCAUUUGGAUGUGGAACCAUUGAUUUACUUUGGAGGUUAUAAAAGUAAAGGAUUCCAAGGACUACCGCAUGAUUUACCAUUACACACCGGUUUUGCUGGAUGUAUGUUUGAUAUGAUUUUUAAAGUGGGAGAUGUUACAGUCUCACUGGACAAUGGUAAAAUCACCGGACGUGCAGUAGGUCAAUGUGGUACCACUGAAUGUUAUGAAGGCGUGUGUCAAAAUCACGGGGCUUGUUUAUAUCAUGGCGGUACAUUCACAUGUAUGUGUCAAGAUGGCUUCUACGGUCCUUUGUGUUCGAAUAAAUUCAACCUGUGUGAUCGCAGCAGUUGCGCACCAUCAGCAAAUUGUGUUCCGAUGAUUGCAGGAUAUGAAUGUGAUUGUGCCCUGAAUAAAAAAGGAAAAUAUUGUCAAGAUAAUGAAACUCUUUCCGAUAUUAGUUUCACCGGUGUCCGAAGCUAUUUGCUCUUGGGCCCAAGAACUUUUGAAGUAAACAAAUUUAAUUUUGAUCUGGAGCUACGUCCAUUCAAAGAUGGACUGAUUGCAUUCAUAGGCAACCAUGAUUACUUCUUUUCACUGAGUAUGUUAAGCGGAUUGCUUGAAUUGCGUAUACUGCCAAGUCGGCAACGUCGCAAUCGACGUGAUCGUAUUACUCUCCGCAGUAAUAAAUUACUGCGUUUAGGAAUGUGGCACUCGGUAAAAAUACAAGUCUACGGAAGGAAAGUUUAUCUUUUUGUGGAUAAUAUUGUUAAUACAGCUAUAAUGCAAAUUGGGGAUAGUCUUGACUUAAGCAGUGAAAUGAUUUACUUAGGUGGUAUGCCUGAUUUGUCACAAUUACCACCCGAAGCAACUUGUGAAUACCCCACGUUUUAUAAAGGAUGCAUUCGAAAGUUAUUCAUCGAUACAGUUCAUGUACCUUUGAAUGAGAAGACAAUUCUAAAAGGACAGAAUUUGGAAGAUUGUGACGGAACGCCAUGUGGUGGUGAUUAUUGUUCUAAUGGUGGAACAUGUUGGUUGGAUCCGAAUAUACGUCCACAUUGUAAUUGUCCGGAUCCGUAUUAUGGUGAAAAAUGUGAAAGGAUUUACGAUUGUCUUGAGCACAAGUGUAGAAAUGAAGGUUAUUGCUUAGAAGGGCGAUGUGUGUGUAAAGUUGGUUAUGUUGGUGCAUUGUGUGAAACAGGCUUGACUAUCCGAAGUCCGAAAUUCGUUGGGAGAAGUUAUUUGUAUGUGAAUGCAUCAAAUUAUCCGGCACCAGUGGAGAUUGAAAGUAAUUUGGGUGUUAUCAGUGGUAAAAAGCGUAAUUCAAUCGCCGAAUCAUCAAAAAACAUUACAAUACAUUUUGUGACAGCUUCAGAUGGACUAAUUCUACUAUCUAAUGCUGAAAAUUGGUUUGUUUUGGGUUUACAAAAUGGUAAACUCACGCUUAUGAACAGGAAAGAAGAAAUAGAACUGCUAAGUAGUCCAGUGUUAAAUGACGGAAUGAAUCAUGAGAUGGUGUUGAAAUUCAAUCCGUUUAGAAUUGCAAUCGAUGCAAAGGAAUACAACGUUGGGAAUUUUAGUAAUGUAGACUUUGAUGAGUUUUAUCUCGGUGGUGUUCCUGCGAAUUAUUCGUGGGAGAGUAGAAAGAUUGACGCACCUUUCGAUGGGUUGAUGUUUGACGGAUGUAUUGAUGUGUUUGCGUUUACAAAAAGCAAUAUGGCUGCCAGUAGAGUGUUAGAUUUCAAUUCGUACAAAGGAGAGAAUAUAGAAGAGUGUAACAGCAACGUAAUAAAGUAAUUAAUAAUUGCGUAGAGGAUGUUGAUAUAUGUAAUAUGUAAUACUGCCGAUACUGCGUUCUUUUUGUAUUUGACAACUGUUGUAGAAUAAACUAAUUUAAAAAAU